AUGGCUACCUCACUCGCCGUCGAUAAACCUCAUCUGCCGCCCGCUGAUGCGGAUGCGAACGAUCCCUUCGUAUCCCCGCCGGGCCCUGCCCACAAUCGCUACUCUACCUACGACAGCCAAUCCUUCAGCUCAUCACCAGGCCAGGCCAAGCGCGCAUUGCAGGCUCACAUUGCAGAUACCGAACGACGCCUCGACGAAGCUGGAAAGCUGGGAACUGCACUUGUUCACCAGCGCAAAGAACUUGCAGAACGAUUGAAGGAAGUGGAAGAGCAGGAAACAGAAGGAGAACUCGCACCCGAGUUGCGCGCCAAGCUCGUCGAUAUCGAAAAGGAGUACAACGAUGUUGCUCGAGAGACUGCCAGGGCUUUCUUGCCCAAGCAGAGAGUCCCCAGCAACGAAGCCGCUGGAGGUUCACCUUACGUCCCUGACGGAAGGAUAGGAAGACGCUCUGUCAGUCCAUCCAAGUUUGAGAAGCUUGAGAUUCAGGCCACCGGAUCGCCUAGCAAGCUCAGUGUCCCAAAUCGCAAAGUUAGAAACCAGCCCGCCAAUCGCAUCCACGAUAUCGAGUUUGCCGCCGAAAUUAGCACGUCCCUGAUUGCCCAGGUUCGCAACCUCCAAUCCCUGUUAUCCGAAAAGGAUGAAGAGCUUCGCGAUAUCAAGGUCGACAAGUCUAAACUUGAAAUCGAGAACGAGAACUUUCAACAACGUGUUAAGACUCUGGACGAGAGCGAGAAUCGGUACAAGGACGAGAAUUGGAAUCUGGAGACCCAGAUCCAUGACUUGAUCGCUUCACAAAAGGACGCCGCGGACCGCGAAAAGAAGCUGACACAAAGUCUCAAUGUCCUCCAGGUGGAGAAGAACUCGGCGCAGAAGGAGCUUGAUGAUGCUAAGGUAUCACUUGCCAAGCUCGCUGAGGAACAUGAGCGAGCUGUGAGACACCUCGACCUGGACUUGACCACUGCCAAGCGCAAUGCGGCUACGGCGGAAACUGAGAGGAACUCCUUGCGACGAAAGGUUGACGACUUGAUGAGCCAGAACACGGAGCUUGCCAAGGCCAUUUCGGUCCAGCGAGGCCGUAUGUCCGACCGCGACUUUGUUCGGGGCGUCAGCGAUGAGGACUUUGAGACGGCGACGGACGGAUUCACUCCCGAACACUCACCGCCGCCCUCACCCAUCAAGGGUACUCCCCGCCACGCUAUGCUGGAAUCCGAGACGCUCAAGAGCUCUCUGUUACACGCCCAGCGAACGAUCCAGAGCCAGAAGACCGUCAUUCACCGUGAGAAGACCGAGAAGCUCGAGCUUAAGCGACUCCUCCAAGACACUCGCGAUGAGUUGGAGAAGCUGCGUACUGAUGCCGCUCCCGCUCCCGCUCGCCGCACCCGCAAGGUUGAGUCGAGGGAGUUCAAGAAGCCAUCUCGCGGAUUGCUCGGUGGUCACCGUAGCAGCAGAAACGAAGUCUACCAGGACGACAACGAAUGGGAAGAGGCCACUGAGAUUGGCAGCCCGAGAACUUCACCAACCAUUCGCUCCAACUCCACCGUCCGCAGACCCAGUAGCCGACCCGGCAGCAGCUAUAGACCCCAAUUCACCGACGUCAGUGACGCCUUUGAGACGGCCAACGAGACUAGCGACGCUGCUUUCGAGACUGCCAACGAGCGUGGCACGGAGACAGAGGACUUCCAGACCGGCGCGGAAGACUUCUCUGGCGGCGACGACACCGAGACUGAGACCGAAAGCCCAUCCAAGGGUCGUGAGCUGCGCCCUCAGACUCUUGUAAUGGGCGGAGGCCGAAACUCAUACGACAGCACUGCAUCAACCUCGGCUGAUGAGGAUGAAGAGUACAUUGAGUACAGGACACCAACUUCGCACCACAAUAAUCAGCGCAUGCGUGUCAGGCUUGGACGAGGAUUGAUGAACCGCCGGUCUAGGCAGGUCAGCGAGGAGCCAAACUUCCAGAGCAGCCCUGCCAGUGCUGCUACAGGUAGCGCUUCCGGAACACCACAGGCGGUGGGUGGCCAGAGCUUGUUCGCAGAGCUCGGUGAGCUUGAGAACAGCGACGCUGAGAGUAUCGAGGAAACAACAAACCGCACAAGAUCUGCCACCGCCGAGUCCUCAGAGAUUGGCCCGACAUCCACCCCGCCAGUUCCCACUCUGUCUAUGGACUCGGCCAACAACGGCAGCAUGACGGACCCAGUUAAGAGAGCGGCCGCAGCUUCAAGACCCAUGAUGGUUGAUUCUGGUAUGAUGACAGAGCCCAUGACUGAGUCGCCUCCGUUGUCACCUGUCAGCAUUGUUCACGACGAAAAGGUUGAAUCGAUGGGAUCUAUGAUGGCCGCCAGUCAGGCUGCCCGUCAUUUGUCCCAAGACGAUGCCGCAGACGGAGUGCGCUCUAGGCCGUUGUCUACACUGUCUUACAGUGAUUCUGGUGCUCAGUACGAUCGGGAUAUGGAUGCUAAGCUGGCACAAUUCCCCAUGCCGCCAUCCAGCCCGCAGCACUUCGUCCUGCCGCCGCCUCCCGAGCUCAGUCUGUCUUCAAUCGACGUGCAGGAUAUCGAGCCAGUAGUCGAGCCCGUGACGCCACCUCCUGCCCCGGCUCCUCUCACCAUGACGUCUCUUGUGUCAGAAGUAGUCGAGCCGAAGGCAGAGUCCGAGGUUCCGGCACCUGUCUUGGCUUUCACUCCGCUUGUCUCGGAGAUUGUCGAGCCGAAGGCUGAGCCCUCGAUCCUACCCCCGACCCUGAGUAUCUCGACUUACCUCUCGGAGGCGGUCGAGCCAGUCGCCGAGCCCGAAAUGCCGCCUCCGGUCUUGAGUCUGUCGGCUCUUCAUGCCCACAAUUUGGAGCCGGUCGCCGAACCCGAGGUUGUUCCCCCGGCUCUCAGCCUUUCCUCUCUGCACGCCCACAACAUUGAGCCCGUGGCCGAGCCCGAGAAUCCCCCGCCAACGCUCUCUCUGUCGGCCUUGCAUGCUCAUAACCUUGAGCCUGUUGCGGAGCCGGAGACGCCACCUCCUGCUCUUAGCCUGUCGGCCCUGCACGCCCACAAUUUGGAGCCGGUCGCCGAACCCGAGGUUGUUCCCCCGGCUCUCAGCCUUUCCGUUCUGCACGCCCACAACAUUGAGCCCGUCGCGGAGCCCGAGGUCGUGAUCCCGGUGCCAGGUCUCACCUUGUCGGCCCUCCUGUCCGAGAACAUCGAGCCCAAGGAAGAACCUGAGACGUCUAGAGCUCUCGCGGCGAUACCUGCUCCUAUCCUGGUGCCAGUGUCAGCGCCAGCGCCGACCCUCACUCUCUCAUCCAUUGCGUCCGAACACGUGGAGCCGCGAGAAGAGCCUGAAGUCCCUGUGAUUGUGCCUGCGCUCAGUCUUUCAGCUAUCGCCACAGAGCACGUCGAGCCUAAGGCCGAGCCUGAGUUUGUCCCACCUGCGCCAACCCUCAGCCUCUCAGCUCUGUUCUCUCACAACCUGGAACCCCAGGCAGGGCCCGAGGUCUUGCCUCCCGCUCUCAGCCUGUCGUCCAUUGUGGCUGAGGAAGUUGAGCCCAAGGCUGAGCCCAAGGUCAUUCCGGAGGCUCCGGCUCUGUCGUUCUCGUUGAUUGCAGCCGAAAACAUCGAGCCAAAGGCGGAGCCUGAGGUGAUUGUGCCCGCCCCGGUACUCAGCCUCACGUCAAUCUCUUCUGAGGACAUUGAGCCCAAGGCCGAGCCUGCGCCAGCUCUCACCAUGUCUUUGAUCUCGUUCGCAGACAUUCAGCCUCGUGCGGAGCCGGAGGUGUUGCCACCACUGCCCCCGGCCCUUACACUCUCGUCCAUCUCAUCGGAGAACAUUGAGCCAAAGGCAGAGCCCGAGGUUCCAGCUCCUCCGCCCGCACUCCUCGCGUACUCCAACAUCUCAUCUGAGCACGUCGAGCCUCGUGCUGCUCCUCAGCCUGUUCUGGACUUCUCGUCGGUGCUGUCUCAACAUGUGGAGCCUGCUGUUGCGAUGGAAAGUGUGGCGCCCAAGCCCAACUUUGCUUUCUCCACGAUUGAGUCAAUUGAGACACAGCCCAUCUCGCCCAGAAGCCCGAAGCGGGAUGCUUUUAUUCUUCCCCGCGACAUGGAUUCGCCUUUCGACGAGAAGGAUGUGCCACGGACGCCCUCCAAGAAUGCUCUGAUGAGCUCCGUCUUUGGUCGGGGGAAGAACAAGACCUCCGACAGCCUUAUUAUUGCGGAGGACGACACUCGGCAAUCGCCUAGCGACGAUCGUCUGUCCGAGACUCCCGAGUCUCAGCGGCCAUUCAAGGAGAUUUCAACCAAUGCCAACGUCCGCCCGGCACCCAAGGUUGUCGUUCCCAUGUCUGACUCCGGUGCCCAGACUUCUCUGACUGCUGAGGCGAUUGACGAGAUGCUCCUCGCAAAGACCAAGGCCACGUCUGACAAGUCGUUGUCAAGCUUCGGCACCCCGAGCACUCCCGGCACCGUUCGCAUUCGCCGUCCUUCUCACGACAGCCUCAGCAGCUUCUCCACCGAGAACAAGAUGGAUACAGCAUUCAGAAGGCCAGGAAGUGCCAACAGCAACCUCGCGCCGUCUCAACCGCUGCCUCCUCUACCGCCCAACCAUAAGGAAGCCAUUGAAGCUGCGAGAACUGGAUCGUCGCAUAGUGCGGUUAUGGGCCCUCCCUUGUGGCCUGCCUCCGCCAUGAGAAACCAGCGACCACAGACUCCCAACGGCGCCAGACCGCAGUCCCCGCUGUCGAUCUUGACAAAGCCCACGCCUACUGCUCGCGGCACGCGUGCUGGUGCAGCGUACGGUACCGCCGAGGUUCACUCACCGACUAAGUUGUCUACUAUGAGCAGACACUCUUCGGUGUCGUCGUUCGUCUCCGAGAUUGACCACCGUUUCAACCCUCAAGCCGAGAUGGCUGCCGCAACAGGCUUCGGUCCCAACACCGACCCCCGCAUGAUUCAGGCCAUCACGCAGACCAUGAUUGGCGAAUACCUGUGGAAGUACACACGCAAGGCCGGCAGGGGAGAAAUCUCCGACUACAGACACAGACGCUAUUUCUGGGUCCAUCCGUAUACUCGGACCUUGUACUGGAGUGACCGUGACCCGGCCACUGCUGGCCGCUCUGAGCUUCGCGGAAAGAGUGUGCCAAUCGAGGCCGUUCGUGUGGUGACCGACGACAACCCAAUGCCACCCGGUCUCCAUCGCAAGAGCUUGAUCGUUAUCUCCCCUGGUAGGACUAUCAAGUUCACCUGCACGACUGGCCAGCGCCACGAGACGUGGUUCAACGCCUUGUCGUAUCUCCUGCUUCGCACAACUGAUGAGGGCCAGUCCGAUGUCGAGGAGAUGGCCGGUGCCAUCACCCAGGCCGACGUGGAUGAGUUCAACCCCCAGUUUGGCCGUCGCACCAAUUCCACAGCUCGUCAGCGGCCGCCUCCAUCUCUGUCAUCAUACAACUCACGGACGACUCGCAACCAGUCUCCGGCAGUCGACAUGUCGAUGAACGUGCCUACGCUUACACCGAAUAAGCACCAGAUUGCUCAGGCUCAGAGACCCACCAUGGCGGGUAGGAUUAGUGGCUACUUUGGCACCUUUUCGAGUCUGAGAAGCCGCUCCGCAGCGGCCCCGAGCUCAAGCAUUUACGAGGCUAGCGAGGUGCACGACAGCGCCGAAGACCUCCGAGAGAUUAUCGAGAGACAAGACCGGGAUGCUGACCGGCUCGAGAACGUGCGCGCCUGCUGCGAUGGCAAGCACGAUGUUGGUACUCUUCACCACCACCCUAAGAGGGGUCGGCCGUCUGGCGCCCAUUCUCACUCUCACUCCCACUCCCAAUCUGGACCCUCUACGUCUGCCACACCCAUGAGCACCGUGAGGGCGCGAUCAUAA